AUGCAUCCACAAAACUUCUUCCUCGCUGCCCUAUCCCUGGGCGCGGCCGUCCUGGCCGCACCCGCUGAACUAGCCGCUCGCACGGCUAGGAACAGUGCCCCCGCAGGUUGCCUGACUGUCGGCUCCAAAGGGAAGUACUCGACUAUCGGUGCUGCACUGAAGGCCCUUGGCUCUUCCUCAGCACCCGCUUGUAUCUAUGUCGCAAGCGGCACAUACAAGGAGCAGCUCACUAUCAGCUAUCCCGGUGCUUUGACUUUGUAUGGUCAGACUGCCGAUGCGGAUACGUAUAAGCAGAACACUGUGACAAUUACCCACACGAUCUCUUCGCCCGCAGCUGGCUCGUUGGAUAAGAGUGCUACUGUGAAUGUUGUCACUCCUCGGUUUAAGAUGCACAACAUCAAUGUGCAGAAUGGGUUCGGAAAGAGUGCACAGGCUGUUGCACUUGUUGCCAAUGCCGAUAAACUCAGCUUCUAUGCAUGCCAGUUCCUUGGAUACCAGGAUACCCUGUAUGUCAAGGCGGGAACACAGUACUACGCCAACUCCAAGAUUGAGGGAGCCGUGGACUACAUCUUCGGUGCUGCCUCUGCCUGGUUCAACAACUGCGACAUUGUCUCCAACGGCCCUGGCGCCAUCACCGCCAGUUCGCGCGAGAAGGCUAACGACAAGACCUGGUAUGCAUUUGAUCACUGCAAUGUCAAGGGUGCUGUCUCCGACGGCACUGUCUUCCUUGGCCGUCCGUGGAGAGGCCUUGCUCGCGUCAUCUACCAGAACUCCAACCUGGGCAGUGUGGUGAAUGCUAAGGGAUGGACCCCAAUGGCCCAGGGAGCUACCCCGUUGUACUAUGAGUACAAGAACACUGGGGCUGGAUCGAGCACUUCUGCGCGCCAGUACCUGUCUUCCAUCAAGGCGGCGGUCACCAAGGAGACCGUUUUGGGAAGUGAUUACGCUACUUGGAUUUGA